AUGGCUACUGAAAACAAAGGUGAGACUGCUCUUCAUAAAGCAGCUGCUGAGUACAACUCGCCUGAUGUAAUCAAAUAUCUAAUCAAUGAGUGUAACUGUGAUCCAACGAUUGUUGACAGGAGGGGGUGGACACCACUUCACAAUGCUGCUCAUUGGGGUGAUUCUAAAGCUGUUGAAUGUUUACUAUCAACUGGUAAAUGUGAUCCAUUGGCUAAAGACAAUUAUGGAAAUACACCAUUACAACUAGCUAAAGAGGCAAAGCAGAGAGGCUGGGAAACUGUUCUUCACAGAGCAGCUGAUUAUGGAUCACUUGAUGUCAUGAAGUACUUGAUCAAUCAUCAUCACUGUGAUCCAAUGAUUGUUGACACGAAGGGGCGGACACCACUUCACUAUGCUGUUCUUUGGGGUCGUCCUGAAGCUGUUGAAUGUUUACUAUCAACUGGUAAAUGUGAUCCAUUGGCUAAAGACAAUGAGGGGAGAACACCAUUACAACUAGCUAAACAUUGUUCUUGGUUCCUUUAG